AGCUACGCAACUGUACCUUCAACAAGUGUCCCCCCAUCCAAUGAAACAAAAAGUUAUGGUGCAACUUCGUCCACUAAACCUGAACUGCACCCCAGUUAUGUACCUUCAACCAGUCUCCUACCAUCCAGUGAAACAAAAACUUAUGGUACAUCUACUGUUACACCCUCCACCAGUCGCUUAGCAGUGUCCAACAUAACUACACUGAAUGUAUUUACAAACAGCGAAGCAAAAAACAACAAUAAAAAUACAGCAAACAAUGAAAGUACCAGAAGCAACAUAGUAGCAAAUACUACAAGUAACACCAGUCCUCCAUCUUUGACAAACAUACAAAAUGUAACAUCUCCAACCCAUACUCCAUUAAAACUGGAGAAUAUAACUACAGAGACAAACAAUCUUUUAACAGCUGCUGUUUCAAAUUACACAAAGCCAUAUACAACACCUAGCAAUGAUCAAACAACUGCAUACAAUGAUACAACGCCUGACAGAACAGAACAUCAUGUAGCAACUCCUAGCAACAAUAGCACUAUAACUCACAAUGGUAUAACACCCAGCAACAAAUACACAACAUCGAACAAUGUACAAACACCAACCAACAGCAGACAUACAGCUGCUUACAAUGCUACAACAGUCACUUACAACAACACAGCUAUCCCCAUUACUACAACACCCAGCAUCAAUUACACAGCAGUCAGCAAAGCUGCAACACACCCUGAGAAUCACACAAAUGUGUACAAUACUACAACACCUGGCAAGGACACAACAGUCUAUGGUACAACACCAAGCAACAAUCACACAACCUACAAUCCUCUAACACCUAGCAAUGAAAACACAGCAGUCUACAAUACCACAAACCACAACAACGGUAUCCAAACAACAAUCCAGAAUGCUGUAACAUCCAGGGUGAAUAAUACAACAGUCAACAAUGUUACCCAACCCAGCAACAACCACACAACAGUGGCUACGACACUCAGUAACAAUUACACAACCACCUACAGUCCUACAACACUAAGCAACAACAGCACAGCCAACUAUAACACUAUAACACCCAGCAACAAUCAUACAACGCUCUACAAUGCUAUUGCAUCCAACAAGAGUCACACAACAACCAAUAACAGUGUGGUUUAUAAUGCAACCACACCCAGCAACAACCACACAACAACCUACAAUCCUACAACACCCAGCAACAAUUACAAAUCACCCUACACUCCUACAAGCACCAAUAGCACAGUCAACUAUAACACUAUAACACCCAGCAACAAUCACACAACACUCUACAAUGAUAUUGCAUCCAGCAAGAGUCACACAACAACCAAUAACAGUGUGGUUUAUAAUGCAACCACACCCAGCAACAAUCACACAACGCUCUACCAUGCUAUUGCAUCCAGCAAGAGUUACACAACAACCAACAACCAAACAACAGUUUAUAAUGCAACCACACUCAGCAACAACUACACAACAGAGCUCAAACUCACAAACCCCAACAACACAACAGACGAUAGCAUUAUAACAUCCAGCAACAGUCACACAACUGAAAAUAUCAACCACACAACAGACUCUAAUGCAACAGCACCAGGCAACAACUACACAGAAGAGUUAAAUGCCACAAAAGACAACAAUCAGACAGCAAUCCAGAAUGCUACAACAGCAACCAACCAUUACACAACACCUAGCUAUUCCACAUCACUCACUGACAAUCAAACAACUGUAGAUGUUUUCACAAUACCCAACAACAAUCACACAACACUCUAUGCCACUAUAAAACCCAACAAUCUAACAGUGUACAAUGCCACAACACCCAGCAUCGAUCACACAACACCGUCCAAUCCUACAACAACAAGCAGUCAUAACACAAUGUUCUACAAUGCUACAACAAUCACUGACAAUCAAACAACUGUAGACAAUUCCACAUUAUCCAGCAACAAUCACACAACCUACAACGCCACAACACCCAGCAACAUUCCCACAUCAAACAACAAUAACACAACAUUCUAUAAUGCUACAACAAUCACAGACAGCAAAACAACAGUCAACAAUGUCACAACCAGCAACGAUAACACUAUGUUUUACAAUACUACAACACCCAGUGAUAACCACACAACAUUCUACAAUGCCACAAUGCAGAGCAACAAUCACACAACGCCCUCCAAACCUACAACAACNAGCAACAAUAACACAGCACACUAUAAUGCUGCAACACGCAGUUACUUAAUGGAACACAAUACGACAACUAGCAACAUUCAUACAACAGUCCAAACAUCCAGCAGGAGGUACUUACCAGAAAGCAAUGCUACAACAACCAGCAGCAGCUAUGUAAUGGAGCACCAAGUUACAACCAGAAACAAUCAUACGACAGCCUACGAAGCUACUCAAGCUAGCAUCAAUUUGACAACCCUACACCAACCAAACAACAAUUACACAACAAAUCGGAACAUGGCUACCAUCGGCAGCAAUUUUACAAAUAUGUAUGAUACCACAUCGAGUCAUGAUUUCACAACUGCAUCACCCAAUAAUAACACAACUAGCAAAGCUGUAGCAGUACACAACACAACUAAACGUGAUGAUUCCAGCACUUUGUACACUACAACUAAGUCUCCCAUCACUUACACAACAGCAACUGAACCUCCUCAUAAGGCAACAACUUUAUCCAACAUGACGACUGCACCAGUUGUAGAACCUCAACAGAGCACGACCUCUGCCAAAAGCACAACAGUUGCAGCAGCUAUGACCAGCACUACACAUCCACACUUUACUACAGAAAGUAGGACGUCAGCUCCUGACAGCAGAAAUCCAACAGACCGGACUGAAAACCAGACCACAGUCAGUGUGACUCCCUUGACAACUGCACACAAAAAUGACAGCAGCUCCACUGCAGUUGUCACAACUAUUCAAGAGAACGAAGCAUUGAGUUAUAACUCAGCGACUCCUGUCAUUGCUGCCACUGCAACUCCAUUUGCAACCACUCACAGUCCAGCAACUGAAACCGUAACUACAACUGAAGCGUCUUCAUCUGCUAAGAUAACAGCUCUCCCAACAAGCACAGUGGCCAGGACGGGAACUACUUUGACAACCUCUGUGAAGUCCAGUACAAGUGCAAAUAGUAAGGAGGAACAGGCAAAUCAGCUGUUGGGUCAGGCAGGAGACGUGUCCAAGCUAAACUCUUCUCAGGUGUCUAAAUUGGUGGAUGACCUGGAGGAAAUUCUGUCGGGCCCGACUGUGUCUCGAUCAGUGGGACAAAAAGUCCUGAAUGUCAUAAACAACCUCACAAAUGGUGACCCACAGGUUCUGUCUGCAUCAGCAACUAGGCUGAUUCAUAUGGUGGAUAUUCUGGCUCUGAAGCUGGAAGUCGCAGAAGACGUCGGCGUCUUGUCCUCAACCUCUCUGGUUCUGGCAGUAAGGAAAGUGGACUGGUCCGACUUUCUUGAAACCAGUAUUGAGAUUUUCGACAUUGAUGAUGUACAGCUUCAACAUGUCAGAAGGGUCAAAAGGUCAGCUCCUGCUUUGGGCUCAGUGGGCUUGCCCUCCUCCGUAACAUCAGGCCUCAGUCCUGAAGAGAAGCGGCUGGCCAGCAGAGUCCAGUUCACUUUCUACAAAAAAAAUUCCCUCUUUCAGGACUCCAGUUUAGGCAACCGGACGGCUGUCAGUCCAGUUCUCGGGUCCAGUGUGACCAAUCUGUCCAUCAGCAACCUGCAGGAGAACGUCACGUUUACCAUCACUCACAGCAACUUAACUCAAAAUAACGUCACAUCAUGCGUCUUCUGGAAUUUCACAAAGAACAACGGUUCUGGGGGCUGGGAUGACACCGGCUGCUCCGUCGUCAGCGCCACCCCUGAAUACACAACCUGCAGCUGCAACCAUCUCACCUCCUUUGCGAUCCUGCUGGAUUUAUCCAGAGAGGGAAUAUCUGACCCUCAGCAGGCAAUGAUUUUGACUUUCAUCACCUACAUUGGAUGUGGAAUAUCUGCGGUUUUUCUAGCCGUCACCCUGAUAACAUACAUGUUAUUUGAAAAACUCCUCCGCGAUAUUCCAGCCAAGAUCCUUGUCCAGCUCUGCUUGUCCCUCCUGCUCCUCAACCUGGUCUUUCUGCUGGACGGCUGGCUGUCCAUCUACGAAAACGUCAACCUGUGCAUCAGCACUGCCUUUUUUCUGCACUACUUCCUGUUGUCCUCGUUCACGUGGGCGGGGCUUGAAGCUCUGCACAUGUACCUGAGCAUCGUGCGCGUGUUCGCGCCCUACCUGAGUAAAUACAUGCUGAAGUUCUCCCUGAUGGGUUGGGGUUUUCCUCUCUUUGUGGUGGUCGUUAUUGUAGCAGCGGACAAAAACAACUACGGUCUGGUUCCAAAUGGAAAAUACGAAGAUGGGACGUCUGACAAGUUCUGCUGGCUACGAAACGACAUCGCCUUUUAUGUGGGCGUGGUCGCCUACUUCAUCCUCAUUUUUGUCUUGUGCCUGGCGGUCUUCAUCGUCGUUAUGGUCCAGCUGGCCCGGAUCAAGAAGCAGAACCCUCACAACCAGUCUCCCCACCGGAGCACCAUGACCGACAUCAGAAGCAUCAUCGGCCUUGUCCUGCUGCUCGGCCUCACCUGGGGCUUCGCCCUGUUUGCCUGGGGAGAAGCCAGGCUCGCCUUUUUAUACAUGUUCACCAUAUGCAACUCUCUGCUAGGUUUGUUUGUCUUCAUUUUCCACUGCGUGGUAAAGGAAAACGUCCGCAGGAUGUGGAGGACGUUUCUGUGUUGCGGAAAUUGGCGUCUGGCUGAGAACUCAGAAUGCAGCCGGACUGCCACACACAACAAGUUGUCGGCGGCGGCUACAGCUACGACAUCGGCCAACCAGCACAGCAACCUUAGCUCCUCCUUCAGCAGCAACGUCACCAACAGCAACUGCUCUGUGUUUUGGGACAGCGGAAUAUCGGAACGCUCCAGCAGCGACGUCGUCGUCCAGGAGGCUGGCAGGCGGAGCCAGUCUCUGCAAGGCGAACCCUGAAGGGAAGAGAUGAGUGAUGAAGUCUGGAAAAGGUUGAGUGAAGGAGAAAUGUAUUUCACAGCAGAGGAAGACUGGAAAAAGCAAGACGUGUGAUUAUUUCCUCAAUGAAAUUAGACAGGCAGAUGGGUAAAUGUUUAUUUUUUUAAUAAUGCAGGAUGAACAUUAGCAGAGAGGUAUGGCUCUUUUAUGACUGAAAAUUCAAAGUAUUUCACUGUUAGAGCUGAGACUCAAUCAUUUAAAGACGAUGAUAGAUGAGAGCAACAGGAGCCUUUUCACAGUUUGACCGUCAUGAUGCUGCUUUGCUGUCAACGAAUUUACAUAAUCAUAAUAAAACUGUGCCAAACU